AUGCGCCCACUCCUGGGAGUUGGCAAAGGUGCCCCUCGAAGCAAAAGGGCACAUGUGCAUCCAUCUGCACGAAUUUGCCCAUGAGUCCAGCUCAUCCGAGCUCCAGGCAGAAAGGGCACGUUCGCCCAACUUUGUUCAACCACUACAAGUUGCGGUGUUCGUGUUUCGGCGUUUGCUUGAACGUCUUCAUGGAGUGA